AUGCCGCGAAUGGCGCGGGCGGCCGGUGGGCGGCGGCGGUUUGUGGGCCCCUUCACGCGGCUGAGGGCGUGGUGGAUGGGCGUUGAGGACCCCGAGCUUCUGGUGCGCUACGGCGAGCGUGGCUUCUUUCGCUCAAUGUGGAUGGAGUGGCGCGGAAGUGUUGUCGUCGCCGCGUGUGUUGCUGUCUUUUUUGUCAACCGCGCCCAGACGAACCACGCCAACGAGAUUCUAGACAAUAUCGAGAUCAACCGGCAACAGUACUACAGGCGUGACUUCGCGCCCGAGUACGUGCCAAAUGCGCCACAGGCGGUGUACGACGGCACCAAAGGGUAUGCGUACCGCGACGAGGCGUCGGGGCUGAUGGUGAAUGCCGACCGGCAGCUGGUGUCCGACAUGACGCGCGAGGAGCGGCGGCAGCGGCUUGAGUCGGCAGAGAUAUCACCGGAAAUGGUGGAGGGGGCAAAGAGACUGCGGCACAGCUCGCACUACCAGUGA